AUGAAAUUAUUAUAUAUUGUAGUAUUUUUAUUAUUUGCUAUAAAACUUUGUUGUUCAGAGUAUUGUGGAGAAACUUAUUGCGUUGAAAAUAGAAAUUGUUAUUCAUUUAUAGGUUGCAGAAAUUCAACAUGUUUAUAUGAAACAAUAGAUUUAGAUGAUGAAGUUGAUUGUACAGUCGACACAUGUAGUGAUAGAUAUGGUGUUAAAAAUACUCCAAAUAAUUCAUUAUGCCCACCAGAAAAUUUAUGUGAUAUGUUUCUAUGUGAUACUCAAAGUGGUUGUGUUGCUAUACCAAAAGUAAAUUGUCCAGCACCAAACCCAUGUCAAAUUCCAUUAGGUUGUAAUAGAGAAACUGGUAUUUGUGAAUACGAUGAAAUUGAUUGCCAUGAUGAUAAUGAAUGUACCAACGACUAUUGUGACCCAAUACUUGGAGAAUGCAUCCACUUUUCCAAUGAUACCAUUUGUUCAAAUAAAGCAAGUAACUUCUCUACUUGUGUCCUAAGUGGAGUAUGUGGAGAGUUUGGCUGUAAAUACGUAGAAGAUAAUUGCAAUGAUGGUAAUCCAUGCACAGAUGAUUAUUGCGAUUUUAAAAACGGAUGUGUUUCACAAAAAAACGAUUGGAAUUGUGAUUCACUAAGUGCAUGUUCCGAAGGUAUAUGUACCGACAAUGGAUGUGUUCAACAAGAGGUCGAUUGUGAUGAUGAUAACCCAUGUUCAGAAGAUUUUUGUCAUCCCUUAUUUGGAUGUGGUUCAAUAUUAAAUGAUACUAUUUGUACAAAUGGUAAUAAAUGUGUAAAUAGUACAUGUACUGAAGAUGGUUGUUCAUUACCAGUUCCAAUAGUUUGCGAAGAUGGAAAUCCAUGUUCUGAUGACACCUGUAAUCCCUCCACUGGUUGCCAAUUCACAUUGAAUAAUUCAAAUUGUAAUGAUGGAAAGAAAUGCACUAUAGAUCAAUGUGGUCUAAAUGGUUGUACACAUACAAAUAUUACAUGCCCACCAAAAAAAGUUGUGGACAUUAUUCUUAUAGGAUUAAUUUGUAGAAAUCACUACUGUGAUCAAUCAACUGGAAAUUGUGUUCCUGAUAUGAAUUCAGUAUCUCUAUUAUGUAUAUAA